AGGAGUAACACACCCAGUCGGCUUGUCACAUCCGGUUGCAUUCGUAGCCGUCAUGGCAGCGUUUUCUGAAAUGGGUGUUAUGCCCGAAAUUGCUCAGGCGGUUGAGGAAAUGGACUGGCUGCUUCCGACAGACAUUCAAGCAGAAUCCAUUCCCCUGAUUCUUGGUGGGGGAGACGUACUCAUGGCUGCUGAAACUGGAAGUGGUAAAACAGGAGCCUUCAGUAUUCCUGUGAUCCAGAUUGUGUAUGAAACACUAAGUGACCAAAAGGAGGGUAAAAAGGGCAGAGCUUCCAUCAAAACAGGAGGAGCAAUCUUCAACACUUGGCAGAUGAAUCCAUAUGACCGCAGUCCAGCGUUUGCGAUCGGUCCUGAUGGAUUGUGCUGUCAAAGCAGAGAGUUCAAAGAGUGGCACGGCUGCCGGUCGACUAAGGGAGUCACCAAAGGGAAGUACUAUUAUGAAGUGAGCUGUCAUGACCAAGGACUCUGUCGUGUUGGUUGGUCCACACUCCAGGCAGCACUUGACUUGGGAACGGAUAAGUUUGGAUUUGGGUUUGGUGGAACUGGAAAGAAGUCCAACAAUAAGCAGUUUGACAGCUACGGCGAGGAAUUUACAAUGCACGAUACGAUCGGCUGCUAUCUGGACCUUGACAAGAGCCAGAUUUCCUUCUCAAAGAAUGGAAUUGAUUUGGGUUUGGCAUUUGAGAUUCCACAACAACUGAAGAAUCAGGCUUUCUUUGCCUCCUGUGUGCUGAAGAAUGCCGAGCUGAAGUUUAACUUUGGAGGAACAGAAUUUAAACAUCCUCCUAAAACUGGAUUUGUUGCCCUGGAUAAAAGUCCUGAUGGUCAUGCGGUCAAAUCGUCUCAAACUGGCAGUGCCAAAGUCAGUCAAGUGAAGGCAACGUCCAACUCGCCCAAAGCUCUGAUCAUCGAGCCGUCGAAGGAGCUGGCAGAGCAGACUCUCAACAAUGUGACGAAUUUUAAGAAAUAUGUGGAUAAUCCUAAACUCAGGGAGCUGCUAGUGAUCGGUGGAGUAGCUGCUAAGGAGCAAAUGGCAGCACUUGAGCAAGGGGUCGACAUUGUGGUGGGAACUCCUGGCAGGCUGGACGACCUUAUAUCUACCGGCAAGAUCAGUCUGUCUCAAGUUCGCUUUCUAGUCCUGGAUGAGUGUGAUGGUCUCCUGUCAGCAGGCUACACAGACUUCAUUAACAGGAUCCAUAACCAAAUCCCACAGGUUACUUCAGAUGGCAAAAGACUGCAGGUGAUCGUGUGCUCAGCCACCCUGCACUCCUUCGAUGUGAAGAAACUGUCCGAGCGCAUCAUGCACUUCCCAACCUGGGUGGACUUGAAAGGUGAGGACUCUGUUCCCGAGACAGUCCACCAUGUGGUGGUGCCUGUCAACCCAAAGAAGGACCGUCUGUGGGAGAGUCUCGGAAAGAACAGCAUCACUACAGAUGAAGUUCAUGCCAAAGACAACACCAGACCAGGUGCCAAUAGUUCAGAAAUGUGGUCUGAGGCUAUCAAGAAGUUGAAGGGUGAAUACACAGUGAGAGCCAUCAAGGAGCACAAAAUGGACCAGGCCAUUAUUUUCUGCCGCACAAAGAUCGACUGCGACAACAUGGAGCAGUACUUUAUCCAGCAAGGAGGAGGUCCAAACAGCAAGAACCACCAGUUCUCCUGCGUUUGUCUCCAUGGUGAUCGCAAACCCCAAGAACGGAAGAGCAACUUGGAUCGCUUCAAGAGGAAAGAAGUCAGACUUCUGAUCUGUACGGACGUUGCUGCCAGAGGAAUCGACAUUCACGGAGUUCCAUACGUGAUCAACGUGACCUUGCCAGAUGAGAAGCAGAACUACGUCCAUCGUAUUGGGCGAGUGGGAAGAGCAGAAAGAAUGGGUUUGGCCAUCUCCUUGGUUGCAAUGGAGAAAGAGAAGGUGUGGUAUCAUGUUUGUCCAAACCGAGGUCGAGGCUGCUACAACACUCGGCUGAAGGAAGAUGGAGGCUGCACCAUCUGGUACAAUGAGAAAGAGCUUCUAUCUGGCAUAGAGGAACAUUUGAAGUGCACCAUUACCCAGUGUGAGCCAGAUAUUAAAGUACCUGUGGAUGAGUUUGACGGAAAGGUCACGUACGGCCAGAGGAGGGCGCAAGGAGGGGGAAACUACAAAGGUCACGUAGAUGUCCUGGCCCCAACAGUCCAUGAGCUGGCCAACCUGGAGAGAGAAGCCCAGAGCUCCUUCCUUCAUCUGGGAUACAUGCCCAACCAGCUUUUCAGAGCCUUCUGAACCGAUCAUCCGAAUUAAAAAGCAGAAUGCUAAACAUGAUCGAGCAGUAGCCCUCAGUUUAAAUGUUUUUAUUUCGCCCCUAGGGCAUUAAAUUGUUAUGCAGAAGAUCCUUGAGUUCAACUUUAAAGUUGUUGUUAAGAAGGGUUUUGGUUGUGGAUUUAUUUUGACCACGUUAUGCAGAUGGUUUAAUCCGUAUCAGAAUCUACAGUGUGACGCACUUGAAAUAGUAAAGUGGUCCUAAAAAUAAUGCGCUGAUAAGCUGCUCUGUUGGUAUUUAAAUUGUUUUCUGAUUUCUGAAAUAAAUUG